GGGCGCCUGCGAGUCGGCGUCGGGGGACGCGGAAGGCGGCUGCGGCGGCAUCACGGCAUCGCUACCGCUUCCAGCUCUGGACCUCAGUUACGCCGCGGUGUCCGCAAGUGGGAAGUUUGCCCCUCCACGGGCUCAGUUCGGCAGACGCGGUGGUCAUGGUGCCCAGGCUUGCCUGCUAGCAGGCUGCCAUGUCUCGUGAGGCAGGUUCAUGUCGAGUGGGCACUGGGACAAGGGCACGGUCAAGAAAGCCCAAGAAGCCACACUACAUCCCACGACCCUGGGGCAAACCCUAUAACUAUAAGUGCUUCCAGUGUCCCUUCACCUGCCUGGAGAAGUCCCAUCUCUACAACCACAUGAAGUACAGCCUCUGCAAGGACUCUCUCUCCCUGCUGUUAGACUCUCCUGACUGGGCAUGCCGUCGUGCGCCCCCCUCGCCCAGGCCUCGGGUGCCCACCUCCAGCUGCUCCAUAGACUUCUCAGACCCAGGUAGCCAGCCUACUGUGCCAGAUCUCGUCACUGACAGCCUUUCCCAGCGUCGUUGUGGCAGGGGCCCCAAACCUACACCAGAGGAGUCCCCAGGGUCACUGCCCCCUCUGACUAGAGCCAUACGGAAAGGUCCAGGCCCCAGUAACCUCUUGACAGAGUCGUGGAAGCCAGGACUCAGCGGUGGUCUGAUGAGUGGGGCUCUAGGGGCCGUAGCUUCAGCGGGUUCUGAGAGUAGUGUCCCCUGCUACCCACCACCUGCCCAGGGAGAGUUCCCCGAAGCCCAGAGCCUCCACUUGUCAUUGCUGGGUGUCAACUACCCUCUCGGCCCAGGUCUCUUCUCCUAUCUGGGGCCCUCACUGGCAGCGGCUGCAGCCCACAUGCCCUUCCUGGCCUCAGCAAGUCCCUUGCUGCCCCCUGCAGCCUUCCCAACCCCACAGGCACCCGAGCGCCCAGGCCUGGCCCCCCGCCUGUACUACCCGCUGCUACUGGAGCACGCCCUGGGACAGUCAGCAGGCAGGACUGCCCCUACCAAGUCCUCUGUGUCCCUCAAGGGGCCUCCUGGGGCUCUGGCUGCUCCUGGGCUGCUGAAGGUGCCUGUGCCAGAGCUGGGGGCACCCUGGCCCCAUAGCACUUCCAGAGACCCAGGGCAUGACGGAGAGCUGGAACGAGUGGCUCAGAGCAACCAGCAGAAGAGGCUGCCCCCGGGCCAUAUGCCUGAGCUCCCAAAGGCCCCCUUGAAACUGGCAAAAUUUGGCUGUCAGAGCAGCCUGACAACAGGGUCCUCCCUGACAUUCUGGCCUGAGGACAAGGAGCCGGGUAAUCCUGAGGCCCCAGGCCGUGAGGUCCACCUUCUGCAGCAGCCACAAGGCCAAGUGCUAGGAAGUCCGGGCCCAGUGGGAGAGGACCUGACCCAGGCUUUUGGCGACUACGCCAGGGUGGAGCAGUGCUUGGGGCAGCUGGUACCGUCUGGGGAUCUCGCCCCUAGACCUCUACGGGAGCAGCUUGGCAAGAUUCGCCGCGAGCUGUUCACCAUCCAUCAGGCGCUGGCCCGGGCAGCUCGGCCGCUGGACACACCCUUGGACCUCUCAGUGAAGCGGGUGCCUUCCAAGGGGACUAAGGCACCUGCAGAGUCCUGGGGGCUGCCCGAGCCAAGCCCCAUGCUGGCAAGGGGGGCCUCUGAGCCCUCCAGGAUACUAGGUCCUGGACUAGAGCCUUUCUCUAGCCGCACCACCAAGUGCGAGGCUGACUCCAGUGUCCCGCCUCCUGCCCUCCCGCUCCAGGCCUCUGAGGACCAUGGAAUUCCUGGUAGUGGCUGGGGCAAUCGUCUUGGGGCUGGCAGCUCCCAGACCCCUAAAGAUACCCCAAGCUUGAAGAUCCUCCCAGGUACUGAGGUCUGUCCACAGCCACCUUAAUGUGUGGGCUCCUCUCCCUGGCCUGGGCCCCAUUGUCUGGGCCUGUCCAGUGUCGGUGUGCAUGCGUUCUGGACAGAUGCUCCCCAUUCCCAUCCCCCCACACUAGCCCAUGGUAGAGGUUUAUCUCUGGGGUCACAUGGACAUAGGAAGGUCAUGAUUUAUUUAUUGGACAGAGUUGCGGUCAUUAAAACAGAAACCACUUUCAAACACCCUAUACUUGGGUUUCUUUCCUUUUCUGUCCCUGCAUAAGCACCUGGGCACCCUCAAGGAAAUGUCCCUGGCCUGGGCAUCCCUGGGAGCAGUGUCUAGGACACCAUGCUAGGGUUCACCUUCGGCCUCAAAGUCCUUAUUGUGGACUUGGUUCUUCCAAAGAGUCUGGGGCCAAGGGAUGGGACUCAGGGAAGAGUGGCAGAGAAGCAGACAUGUCAGGAUGACCUGGUCUGUUUCAGCUCACAGGGGAUGGGCAAGGACCCUGCUCGUCCUUGGGCCUGAAUCCAUCCAAGCAGCCCAAUGCCAGCUUUGCCUGUGGUGGUCAAAGCCUCCUGCCUUCUAUGGCUCCAGGCUGCUCACCCCGUGUGGCCUUCCUGGGCCCCCCGCCAGUCCCUGCAGCCAUGAUAGGCAUCAGUGGCCUUCACAGCUCACUGCUUCCCUCCCAGUACAGCCCUGCUCGGCCUUCCACAGGCCAGGGUGGGAGACAGCCAGGGAGGGUGGCUGGGGCCCCCCAGCCAUAGCAAAUUACUUUUCUCCCUGGGGAGCUGGGCUGUAGCCUCCAUGCCCACCCAGGAAUGCCCUGAAGUACAAGCUGCCCUCGGAGGAGGCACUGUUCUCACUGGGGCUGGACUGGCCAGGCUGGGGCCAGUCCAAACAGGACCUUCAGCUGCUCCAUUAACCAUCCACCUGGUGAUAGCAUCAGGUAGCCACCCCGCCGUGAGGCUUUGCGGGUGUUAUUGGGGCGAGAGUUCUGGCUGGCUGGACCUGAAGGCUUCCUGGGGAACCACUGGGGGCAGAGCCAGGCGUCCGAGGAACCUCAAUUCCUAAAUCUGUACCCCUAUGUGCUUACUGUAUCCUGGUUUCUGAUCCUGGGAGGCAACAUUGCCAGCUUGACCUCCUGGUGGAGGAGGCAAGACGGUGACUAAGGUUUGUUCCUCACACAAAGGUCCUGCCUGGAGGGGCGGCCUAUUGUUGUAGAGGACUCUGGGUCCCUUCUGGAGAGGGCAGGCUUGUCUGAGACUUUCAGCUAUGAAGGGACAGUAGGAAGUGUCCAGAGUAAGGGUACGGCCCAGGGGAAGACCCAAGCAGGAGGGUGCAGGCCUGGAGGCCAGGGACUCAACCCAAACAGCCCCUCCCUGCCUCCUUGCUCAACUUGUCCCUGCAGGGGACUUGUCUGGUGACUCCUCCCCUACUCCCUACCCUGCCACACAGACACACACCCAGCCUGUCUCUAACAACAGAGGCAUGAGUUAAAGUCCAGGGCAGGAGCCUAGUCCUAGCUGCGGGGAAGCCGAGACCGACUGACUUACGCCCUUGGCCUCCCAUCUGUCCUGACUCCUUGAGCUCCUGAGCCACCCCUACUUCUAGCCAUCUACACCUAAGGACCUGAUCUCAGGCUGGACCAGCUUAGAGAUGCCAGUCGCUCCCGGCAGCCCCGGCUGCUGGGGCAAAUCCUGGUACCAGCAGGGGCUGCCGGGGCCCCCCGAGGCCUGCACUGCUCCCCAGAUGGCCUGC